GGGGCUACAACAUCAACGACGUCAUGUUUUACUGGACCCGAGGCAACGAGUCGGUCAGCGGUUUGGACACCCUUCAGCUGGCUCAGUACACCGUGGAGGACCACUACACGUCUGUCUCACAGGCCGUCUACGAAACAGGCCAGUACCCGAGGCUGGUUUUCCACUUUGAGCUGAAGAGGAGCAUUCUGUACUUCAUCCUGGAGACGUAUGUCCCCUCCAGCCUGCUGGUGGUCCUCUCAUGGGUGUCCUUCUGGAUUUCUCUCUCCUCUGUUCCAGCUCGUAUCUGUAUUGGAGUCACCACCGUUCUGACCAUGACCACGCUCAUGAUGGGGGCCCGGACGUCUCUGCCCAACGCCAACUGUUUCAUCAAGGCCAUCGACGUGUACCUGGGCAUCUGCUUCAGCUUCAUCUUCGGGGCGCUCAUCGAGUACGCUGUGGCCCACUUCUGCACCCUCAGUCACGCCGACGCUCACAUGUUCAUGGAGCUGAAUGAGGAGAUGAAGAACCGCGGGAACGUUUCCUGGCAGAGGAAAAGAGUGGAAGAACGCCAGAAAGGAGACCAGAGGAACAACCAGCUUCCUGUCACGUUCUCAGCCCAAAUAUAA